AUGUCUUCCCAGUGGUGGCUUCCGCGUCUUUCCUUCUUUCAAUCACUCCGCCAGUCUCACUAUGCUCUGCCUGUGCGCCCAGAGUUUCUGACUUCAUCUGCCUUUCAAAUUAUCAAUCCGCGCCAUCAUGUAACGACUACGGAUGUUGUCACUCAGGUAUUCCCAGAGUCUGUUGUUGCAGGGCUAAGCGACGAGGAAGCACUGUCGUUAUUCACCCGUGGUUUCUUUGGCGGCUUUGUCUUUGGGUUCGAGAGGUUUAUCCUACGAAUUGGCGGCUGGAAUUUGUUGCCAGCGCGGUAUACGGGUUUCCAAGGAGAUCCACACGCAUCCAAGAUCUGGAAUCUUUCUGAGCUUCCUCAACGUCACCUUCUCCCUGUCGGCAGCUCUCUUUUCGGAUCAUUUAAAGUUAUGGAUAAGCAGAUAGGACCGGCAUCAUCCGACCAACGGGCCAGUUACGUGGAUUAUGGGUUUGGUUCGGAUGAGUUCACGUUUGCAGGCUGCCACCGUUUCCAAAUAACUCGAUCGCCGCGUAUAGGCGCCGAGCCUCUGGUGCAAUUCGAGCUACAGCACUUUAAUUGCAAUCCUCAAAAAAACGAACGAACAGUGACAGGAUUCAUGAUAUGGUUUCAUUCUGCCUAUGCGAAAUUGCUAUUUGCCAAUGCAGUCCAGGGCGUUCUCAUGCGGUAG